AUGGUCAAACCAAAAUCUGUUACUCACAUCAAAAUUGCAAUUUGUGGCAAUCCAAAUACUGGUAAAAAGACAUUUGGUACCACUUUCCAUCAACGCGAAAUUAUGGACAAGAAGGAAGAAAAUUCCAAUAGAUAUACAAUUUCUAAUGAAUGUUUGGAUAUUGAGUUUUUGUACAUACAACCAUCAGCCGGAUCAUCCUUUGAAGAUGUUCAACCAGAAGAUAUACCAUGGUAUGACAUUGAUGCGUUCAUUCUAUUCUAUGCAGUGGAUGAGAUGAAUAGUUUCACACAAAUGCAAGUUUUUCACAGGUCAUUUGAUGUGCUACAAAAAGAAGAAAAAAACACUUAUGGAUUAUUGAAGCCAUGUAUUUGUAUUGGAAAUAAGUGUGAUACUGCUGAAAUUGUAAGAGAGGUUCCAUUGGCCACUGCAAUGAAAUUUAGUGACACUGCCAAUGCUCCUUAUUUUGAAACAAGUGCUAAAACUGGAAAGAAUGUGUCUGCAGUGAUUGAGGAUUUAAUUAAACAGAUUUUGAGAUAUAGGAAACAAAAAGAAUUAUUGAACACUAGCAAGAACAAAUCAAACUCAAAUCUUCAAUCUGACAAAAAGAAAACCUCAUUCUUUAGAAGUAGGCGAGACGUUGAGGAUGAUGAUCUAUUCAAUUCAAAUGCAUAA